ACAUGGUUUGUGUUUUUAUAUGUUUAUGUCCAACUAAUCCAUUUGCAAAGUUGGAUGUGACGUUUUGAGUUGGUUUAUAUAAAUAUAAUUCCAAAAUUUAUGUACUAAAACAGGGGAAACGUUUGAUCAAAAAAUAACAGGGGAAACGAUGAAUAAUCCAAGAUCGGCCAGUCCUUUGGGUUCUUCAGCAAACACAGAUCUAUUUCAAAAUCAACGUCAGUCUAGUUGCAAAGAGUUCUCAAGAUUAGAGACACGAAACGGAGCGAGGAAGAUGAUCUUUCAUUCCAAGUCUAUGCCCCGAGGUGCCAUGUUUCUUGAUCAAGAAACUUCUAGAAACUUCCACGACAAGAGGUAUGACCUGUUCAGGACCAUGUCAGGGAAGCUAGAACGUCAGAUUUCUAAUUUACGUGGGAAACCCAUCGAGAGCUCGUUGCAGGAUAAAGAGAUCACUGAAUCUUUAACCGCUGAUAGAUUCUUUGAUGCUCUUCAAGGCCCCGAACUUGAAACUCUUAAGGAGAAGGAGGAGAUAGUUCUGCCUGACGACAAAACGUGGCCGUUUCUUCUACGGUUUCCGAUCACAUCGUACGGGAUGUGUCUUGGAGUAAGCAGUCAAGCCAUCAUGUGGAAGACCUUAGCAACCACAAACGCUGAGAGGUUCUUGCACGUGACGCAAGUGAUCAACCACGUGCUCUGGUGGAUCUCUCUCGUCCUCCUCCUCGCCGUCUCCAUCACUUAUCUCCUCAAAACCAUCCUCUACUUCGAGGCGGUCCGCCGUGAGUUCCGGCAUCCGAUCCGAGUCAACUUCUUCUUCGCUCCCCUCAUAUCAGUCCUCUUCUUGGCACUUGGAAUCCCACACUCCAUCAUCUCACAUCUUCCCUCUACACUUUGGUACUUCCUUAUGGCUCCCAUCUUGUUUCUUGAGAUGAAGAUUUAUGGACAGUGGAUGUCUGGUGGGCAACGACGCCUCUCCAAAGUUGCUAAUCCUACAAACCACCUUUCCAUCGUUGGUAACUUCGCCGGAGCACUUUUAGGAGCAACAAUGGGGUUGAAAGAAGGACCAAUGUUCUUCUUUGCCGUGGGGUUGGCUUAUUAUUUGGUCUUAUUUGUGACUCUCUAUCAGAGACUUCCCACAAACGAAACCUUACCUAAAGAGCUUCACCCUGUUUUUUUCCUUUUUGUGGCUGCACCAGCCGUCGCUUCCAUGGCCUGGACCAAGAUCUCUGCCUCUUUCGAUCUCGGCUCGCGUCUCGCUUACUUCAUCUCCUUGUUCUUGUACUUUUCUCUGGUUUGUCGGAUUAACCUUUUCCGCGGAUUCAGAUUCUCGCUAGCUUGGUGGGCAUACACGUUUCCAAUGACAGCAGUGGCCAGCGCGACAAUAAAAUAUUCAGACGAAGUCACGGGAGUAGCAACGAAGAUACUGUCGGUAGUGAUGUCGGGAGCAGCAACUCUAACGGUGAUAGGUGUGCUAGGAUUGACGGUGAUGCACGCAUUUGUCCAAGGUGAUCUCUUCCCUAAUGACGUUGUCAUAGCAAUAAGCGCAGAGCAACCGAAGCAGAAGAGAUGGUUCAAACAGCUCACAAAAGGAAGCUUGGGACAUAGUGAGAGAUGCCUCAAGGUUUUGGACCCGGAAGACAAUGAAAUAGAUUUAGAAUCUCCACCUCUGAAAAAUGUAGUUUGUCCUCCCAGGGUGCGCAAUUUAAAUUAAAGAUAUUAUUCUUGAAUACAAUCCCCUGUUACGUUUAACUAUUUCUUGGACUAA